CCACAUGGUGGCAGGAGAGAAACAUACAGUUGUCUGGAUGCUGUAAUGACUUCCCUGUCACAUCAUUUCCACAUGGGCUCAGCUUGCGUUAAACCUCACAUAAAUAAUAAGGCAUCUUUUGUCGGGCCAAGCGCAUACUUUCCGGUCCUUAUAAAGCGUCUGUAAUGCUCACAUGCUCCGCCAAAACACAGGCGUCUUUUAGUCAAACCAUUGUAAUUGCCUAAAGAGGAACCUAAAAUUAGAAUUAUCUAAUAAAUCCUAUUCUGGUGUCAUAAGUGAGGUUUUUUUUUUUUUUUUUUUAGUUUUUAUUAACCUUGAGGCUUAGGAGUAUGUGCUAUUCCCAGGGUUGCUGCAUUAGAGCGCUCUGUUGUUUUCUUUCCUGCACCAGAGGCCUACAUUCUGCUUAGCUCUGAAGCAUCUGGAUUUGAGGCUCUUCAUGCAGGGCUGCAGUUUUAUUUAAAUCAAUGGAUGAGUCAUCUGACUGGGUGGGGAGGUUUUGAUAUUCCUAGAAUAAAAGAGCCCAUCUAUUCCGUUACCUGGAGGCGGUUUUCACUCCUCUCAUUGCAUCAUAUUUCAAUCAAUUCUAAAUGAGCAUUAACGAUGGGAUUUUCUCCUCUGAUGUCUUAAGGAUACACUUGUAUAAGCCCCAAAGCCACCAGAAACUCGUUUGGAUUUGAAAAUAACUGCUUUUUACCGUCCCCCUUAUAGCUGCAUCAAAUUCUAGUGACUUUUAUGGAUGCAGAUUUAAGCUCCACCAGUUCAUCUUUCAUUUACUUGGCAUAACAGUUCAACUUGAGCAAGGAUGAGUUGGCAUGAGGGAGCCCUUGAUUCUUUUAUGCAAUAUUUCUGCUAAUCUGCAGUUCUAGCCUCCUGUGAUGCACGGAUGAGUGAUAAGUGACUAUAACUGGAAAGCUUGUUUCUUAAUUUGGGUUGUACAUUCUCUCUCGAGGCCUGCGGGUUAGCAGUGGGACAUCUUGCAGUGAUUAGGCCCAUCCAGCCCACAACGCUGCGCCGCAUUAUUAGCGGGCCAGUCAAUCCGCAGUGGAAAUCAAAAGCAGGGACUCAGGAAAUGGGUGUUGAGUGAGGUCACAUCCCAAUGAGGCAGCACGUGCUGCAGGUCGAGAAAAAGCCAGGACACCUACCCAGGGAUUGUGGAGGAGCCCAUGCGUACCCAUCAUUGGUGCGUUACAAUGGGUGGCUCUUACAGCUCAUCACAGCUCUGCACGGGACAGGUGAGGCGGUUGAUUAGGGAGAAUUUGAAUCCUGAUUCUGAAGCUGCAGAAGAACGCUGGAGCGAGCAUGUUGCCUUUGCCCUGGGUCAGCUCCCUCUCAGCAACCUCUGUGGGCACAUUGAGGACGGCGUGAUGAAACCGAAGAGUGAGGACUGAGUCUCUCCCCUCCUUCUUUGCAACAUUUGUUCAGUCCCUGCCAAGGAACCUGUCUGGGACACUUCUGCAGGAAAGACUGAGAUUGACAAGAUAGUGACAAAAGCCUGAUUCGUACUUCUGGAAAACUCUAGAAUGGCCAAAGACAUGAAGAACCGGCUGGCUUUCCUGCGGAGGAGGAAUGAGUCCCCAGGAAGCACUCCGGCCAACAAGUUAGACAAAUCCAUGAAGUCAGUCAAGCCCACCCCAGAGGAAGCACUAAAAUGGGGGGACUCACUUGACAAGCUGCUGGGUCACAAAUGUGAAUCUGGACUCCUACACGAGAGACCACACUAAGGACAACCUGCAGAAUGUGACGCGUUCCUGCUUUGACCUAGCGCAGAGGCGGAUAUACGGGCUGAUGGAGAAGGACUCAUACCCCCGUUUCCUGCGCUCAGAACUUUACUCGGACUUAAUUAACCAAAAGAAGCCCAGUGCCACUUCCACUUCGUCUUCAUCGUAAAAAGAUGAGGAGGAACACAAGGAGAAAGAGUGUUGGUGAACGCAAAACAAAGGGGCAGACUUGAAAAGAAACACAGAAUGGGUGGGAUGUGAGCUUUUUUUUUUUUAUUGCCUUUUAUUUUAUUUUUUAUUAUUAUUAUUAUUAUUAUUGUGCGUGCAUGUGUGAGUGUUAUCCUGUUUUUGUUUUUCAUUGUUGUGGUGUGUGAGGACGCAGCAAAGCUAUGGCACUGCAAAGGAAUGUAGUUUACACAGUUACAGAGAGGAUUGGUGAAUGGAUGGAUGUUACUUAAAUUACAGAAGCCCAGGAGCAAGGGCUGCAGCAGGAGCUGGACGCUUGUCUGAUCACUGUUCUUUGUUGUUUUUCUUUUUUUAUAUAUGAGUAGAGUAAAAAAUAACAAAAAAAGUUUGUUUUUAACAAGUUGUACUGGAAAAAAAGGAGGUGAAGACAGUCCGGUACUGUUUAGUCACUUUUUUUCCUUUAAAGACUCCUUCUUUGCUCCUUUCCUCCUCUGUGAAGCACCUCCAGAUCUGUCGGUACGACCGUUUUCCUUCCGUCUUUUUGAAUGCAAGCUUCGAUGGAGGGCGAACACAAGGUGUUCUGAUGACGACAACCUUCGCGGCUCGACUUUUUUUUCCACCUUUUCAAAUCUCUGCAUCCGUUGAAAGCUUUUAGAAACACCUUGGUUUCAACUUGAAGGCGGUUCGGCAGGAGCGAGGACUCAGAUGGACUGUCUCACAUCAAAAAAAAAAGAAAGGCGACCUGCAAAGAACAACAAGGAACGGAAAAAUGAUAUCUCCUUUAAUGUUGUAGCUCUCUGGACUAAUGAGGAAACAUUCUCAGGACACUGCUUUAACCCAUUACAGUUUCAUCUUUACUCAUUUUUUUCAUUUGCAUCAUCUUUUUUAGGGUUUCCCUUGUUCCACAAGGGGAUGCACAAGAGGUUGCUAGUCAAAGAACAAAGAAAAUGCUUUGUGUGUACAAAACGUUUGCCUAUUUAUUUAGAUUAACUUGCUGGAUACUUCUACAGACACCUUCACGACCUCCAAAGCACUCCGCUAACAGCUCUCACUUCCCCUCUUAACCACCAAACAGGUCCAAAGCUGUCCUGAACUUUAAGUGCAAUAUUUUUUUUUAUUAUUAUUAAGUUUUUGGAUAAAUUUGAAUUUAUAACUUGGAAGACGGAACGGCUUGAGCUUUGUUUUACUUUUUAAUUGUUAAGAGAAAAAUACUUUAGAGCCAUAAGGUUGACUUUCAAGAAGUAUCAGUAGUUUUAAGCAAGUGAUUCUAACUGUGUGUUAAACCCCGGCAGCAGGCAGCUGGGGGCAUUAUGGUUGUAAAUAUAAUUCUUUAAGAAAACUAUGUGAUAGAAAAAGAAAAAAAAAAAUAGGUCUCUGCUGGUGACGUGUGGGGCCCAGCUGUAUCUAUGUAAAUACGAAAGACGCAAACUUAUAAGAUGACACUUAAAAGAAUUUAAACAAACAAGAAAAAAGCAUAGAUGAGCAAGAGCAAACACAUCCGCUCUUUAUCCUGGUCAUACACUGCUUGUAAGGGGUUUUUCUGAAAUGCAUUUUAUCAUUUUCACUGUUUACAAUUCAAAAUGCAUCUCCUAUGAUAGCAAGUGAAAACCGUAGAAUACAUUUGGUGUCAUUGCUAACGAUAAAUAAACCAACAGACUGAUGAAGAAAA